AUGCCACUACAAUUUAGAAGCUUGCAGAGCAAUAACUCUGCACUGGUUGCCAAAGCCAUUACAAAACAUCCCUUCUACGAAACAGUACACAUCAUUACAGACCCAGAAUCAAACAUAUCACUACCAUCUGCAUCAUUUCACACUUUUGAAACCUCGGAUCUUUACAACAUCAUUCAAGAGAAACACCUCGAAGAUGUAUGCAUAAAAGCUAUUCCCACUGAUCAAACACCAGAACUACCCGAGUUUCAAAAUACUUUAUUACUCAACAAAGAUACAAUUACUAUAAACCUCGAUCAAGCCUCAUUCCAAAAAUGUCCCAAUUUGCAAAGCCGAAAUAAGGGCACAAUACGCAAACUACAACACGCAAAGGUAGGGCAUGGAGGGAACUAUCAUGCACGAUACAGAUUCGAAAUCAAAUGCCAACCAACUAUUUUGGAAUUGGAAUAUAUCAUCAAGACAUUGUUUUCCACUGCAAAAGUAUCAAUAUACUCCAAUGCAUCAACGAGUACAAGAAUCAGUGAUCAAAACGGUACAAUUCACUCUGAGAAAAGCACAGCGAAAAUACCCGAUUGUAGCCUGCUUGAUAUCUUUGAAAGAUACGAAUUGUUGACAUUAUCUACCAACUUUGAUCAAAUGAGAAUCCUAAAUCAAGAUGACGAAUUGGAAACAAAUUAUUUUACUAGGUACACUCUACUGAAUGUGAUUUCCUCAGCACUACUCAAGACAAAAUGGCAUAUCCUUAGUCUACAAGGUGGAAAAACUCAUACAUUACUACAAGUUAAAGGCGACCGAAUCGAUAUAUACGAAGUACUCUAA